CUCGGCAAAAAUUGCGCGGCGCACGUUGAGUUACCCCAAUGUAGCUUACUCAAACUUUAAGCUUCUCGGAUACACACCAUCAAGGAAUAAACUGAUACAAGACAUCUUCGCCAUUUACCGUCCUUCAAAAUGAGCGACGAUGCAGACUCCCCUCCUGAGAGGGAAAUGAAGGACUUCCAAUUUCGUCAGAUGAAGAAAGUUCAAGUAUUUGACUCUGUUGAAGAUUUGCCAAGUGAAAGAUCAAAUCUCCUUACCGUAUCAAACAAAUAUGGUUUAACAUUUGUGGGGCUUGACAGAACUUUCAAAGUAUACUUGACUCAAGAUAUUCUGGCUGCUGACAAAGCUGAAUGCAGCCCCUACGAAACGGUGAAAGGCACACCCGUGCUGGCUGAGGUGACUGUGGAGCUGAGCCUACACCACUUGGCUCUCAGUUGUGAUGAACUGACUUUGUCAGUAUGUGGUGUGUCUGAGGAGGCGGGUUUGUCCCUCACGUUCUAUGAUGUCCGCACCUUCAUGAACAAGGGAAAACCCCAGAAGUUUCCAUUUGCAUCCCUGCUGCCGUCCGUGCCCCGGGACACUUUAGUGCAGGACCUGAAAUGGAACCCUGCUCAGGCGUCCAUGUUGGCUGUCUGCCUGUCUGACGGCAGCAUGAUGAUUCUGGAAGUUACAGAGGCAGUCACAGUGCCGGCCCAGCUACCUGCUACGAGCGGCAUCACUUGCAUUUGCUGGAGUCCAAAAGGAAAACAGGUGGCAGCAGGAAAAAUGAAUGCCACAGUUAGUCAGUACACACCAGCACUUGAGGAGAAGAGAGUUAUCCAAUGCCCGCAUUUCUACACCUCUGAUGAGCCCGUCAAAGCUCUGGACGUGCUCUGGCUGAGGACCUUUGUGUUUGCGGUGGUAUAUGCUGCUGCUGACGGGUCACUGGAGACCCCCCCUGAGCUGGUGUUGAUUUCCCUCCCUAAAAAAGAUGAGAAAAUGGAGACAAAGUAUCUGAACUUUGGUGACAGUGUCUACGGGAGCUGCACAGAGCGACAGCAUCACUACUUCUUAAGUCACAUCGAGGACUGGGACCUUGUGUUUGCGGCAUCAGCAGCUUCCAUUGAGGUCAGCGUCAUUGCCAGACAAGACGACAAGAUGUGGGAACUUUGGCUCUUAGAAGAUGCCAGCAGGGCUGAGCUUCCAGUGACAGAGACAAAUGAAGACACUCUUCCCCUCGGCUUAGCCAUAGACUACACCAGCCAGCAGGAGAUCCACAUCACUGAUGAGAAAACCCUGCCUCCAGCGCCCACGAUGCUAAUGCUGUCCACAGAGGGAUUACUCUGCCCGUUUGCUCUACUCAACCUAAAUCCUGGGGUUAAGCAGCUCGUGUCACCCGCUGCUACCCUGGCCGUGGAAGGAGAAAGACAGCCCAAAGCAGGUUCUUUUACAACCCAACCAGCCAAAACUGCAGCCCCGGCUCCAUCAGUCCCAGUCCCAGCAGCAUUCCCAAGCAUAGGUUUUACUCCAGCAGCUGCUCCCACUCCGCCAGCCCCGGCCGCUGCUCCCUCCGCAGCCCCUUUUAGCAUCGUUCCUGCUGCUCCCGCGUCGGCAUCCCCCUCGAGCUUCUCUUUUGCAAUCCCAACUACCAGUUCAAGCACCUCAGCACCCUCAGCUUUCUCCCUUGGAGGCUCUACGCCUUUUGGAUCUGCCUCCUCAAGCUUUUCCUUUGCCUCCAAACCUCCAUCUGACGCCCCUUCUGCACCUUCAGCGUUUUCUUUUAGCACUCCUUCCAGCAAACCCCCAGCUGUUGCAGCCCCAGCUCCAGUUCCCACACCUCAGAGCGUUGCCACUGCAUCGCCACCCACAGUCAAACUGAAUCUGACUGAGAGGUUUUCUGCUGUGGAGACUCCAGCUCCGGCUUUCUCCUUUAAUUCCUCCCUGCCAAAGUAUCCUGGUUCCAGUUCUAGUGGUUUGACUGCCCCCUCCCUCUCAACCAAUAAGCCAGCAGCUACUUUAGUCCCAGCGCGCCCGGUCCAGACCAGCACACCUGCCGCGGUGGUACCGAAGCCGACUCCUGCUGGCCAAGCCCGCUUACAAACUCCACAGCAGGCGGCAGUUAGCAUGAAGGUGCUGGAGAAACAGCUACAGCAAAAGAAAGAGUCUGAUCCCAUUAUGGCCGGCAUUUUGGAAGAGAUCGCACACUUCCAGAAGGAGCUGGAUGACCUGAAGUCGAGGAAUGCAAAAGCUGACUUUAAAAUUGGCAGUAAUGAAGAGAUGCGGGAGUUGAGAAAAGAGUCAGAGGACCUACAUCUCUUCACCCUGGAGAUUAAAGAAACCACAGAGUCGCUUCAUGGUGACAUUGGCACACUGAAGACUUCCUUAUUGGAGGGCUUUGCUGGAACAGAAGAAGCCAAGAUCCAGGGUGAGCUGAGCAAAGACAAAAACUACAGACAGUUGUUGUACAAGAGACCUUUGGAUCCACGCAGCGAGGAACAGCUCAAGGAGAUUCGCAGGCUUUACCAGUAUGUCACAUUUGCUGUGGAGGAUGUUAAUGAUGUCUUGGAUGUGGAAUGGGAGAAACAUCUGGAGGACAAGAAAAAGAAGCAGAAACACAUGGUAGUUCCCGGACGGGAGGGCCUGUUCAAUACGCUUUCCAACAACCUGUACAUCAUUAACCAGCAGAAGAACAGGUUGGAUCAGCUGGUUCAGGAGCUCUCAUCACUGCGACUCUACAGCAAAACAACCCCUCCAACUAUAAAACCAACUCCUGCUACAGCAACCACAGCUAGUUUAGAAAGUGAGCUGGAGAGUGUAAAAGAUGCGCUCAUGAAAGCCAGGCUGGAUACCACCCCUCCACAGACAAAGGCCAAAUCUCCAGCAGUCAAAAUCUCGCCAGCUAAACAGUCUCAGCUGCGCAACUUCCUCUCUAAGGGACAGAUGCCCCCUGUGCGCUCUACUGCACCAGCCAACCUGUCUCGUUCAGCCUUCCUUUCGCCUAAAUACUAUGAGGACCUUGAUGAUGUGAGCUCAACAUCUUCCCAGUCCCUGGAACUUAACCCGCCUCCCUUGGAACUGGAAGAAGAGGAACUGCAGCCCUUACGGCCCCCACCAAUGAUGGGAGUGGCUCCAGCGUUGCCCACUCCCCGACACCCCACAGUAGUGAGAACACCCUCUAUCCAGCCGGGCUUUGGAGCCAUCCAGUCCACCCCACUUCCAAAGAUUCACUCAGUGCCCGGUCUGGGCUUUGGACUCAGCCCAAUCGCCAGCCCUGUUCCAACCAAUAAGAUCAACCUCAGCAGUGCUGAUAGCACUGCUCUUGCCACAAAGACAGUUAAGCAUGGAGCCCCUCCGUCCGAGAGAACCAUACCUGUCACCGUCUCUGCCCAGCAAGCUGCAGCCACUGCUGCUCUGCGCAGACAGAUGGCCAAUCAGAAGCCAGGUGUGGUCAGUACCUCCUUAACAGAGUCCACCUUGAAAACUGUCACCCAGGUGGUCAAUGUUCAGGAUAUCAGGGACAAAGGGCCAGGUUCCUCUAUCAUCAGCUCCUCAGUGCCAGAUCCUGCAGGCCAGGCUUUUGCAGCAGUUUCAAGCAACCAAGUUAAACGAACUACUACCCCAAAGAUGACCACUGAAAGUACGUCCAUCCCACAGACAGGUUUUGUGUUUGGGCAGACAGCCAAACCUGAUGUGUCUGUGGUUCCUGCUAGCUCAGUGGAGCAAAACCCCAGCAAGGCCUUCUCCUUCAGUUCAGGAGCGGUGGGGUUCAGUUUUUCCUCAGUCACAGCGGGAGCUGGAAUGUCCCAAGUUAAGGAUAAAUUCUCCUUUGGCGGAAAUGGCAAAGCAUUGUUUGGUCAGGCUGGAGAGGAGCCAUUCUCCCUGACCCCCAAGUCUACCUCCCCUGCUCUUGGCAGUGGGUCUCCCUCUUUGGUUCCUAAUGCGUCAGGCGAAGCAGCCAAGCCCACCUCCUCUACAAACGCUUUCAGGACAGAGCCACAGCCUCCAAAGACGGCAGGAGGAGAAACACUGGGCAGUUUCUCUGGACUGCGUGUGGGCCAAGGAGAAGAAGCUAAGGAUUCAUCCACCAAGCCUGCACCUGCGUUUACCUUUGGGGACGGAGGAGUCGGCAUGGCCAAAGGACCACCGCAGUUUAGCUUCGGGGCGGGCCUUCAAAAGCCCGCUGAAGAUUCCGCGGCAGCAGAUUUGUCGACGGGGCCAGCAUCCGGCAGUUUGUUCAAGCCUCCAGAACCGAGCACCAAACCAGCUUUCUCUGUCCCCCCAUCCGGCUCAGCCGCCGCAGCUCUGCCCGCAUCUUUCAGUAGUCUUCUGUCGGCCGCUUCCGAGGCAGCAGAGGAACAAAAGGCUCCCCUACAACCUUCAGAACCCACAACGACAGCAGACAAAGAGCCACCCGUCACUGAAUCUGCCGCACAGAGCAGCGGUCAGCCCGUAGCCGCCGCCCCUGCAGUGGACGCAGCCGUCGCGGAGGCUGCAGCCACCGCAGCACCCCCGGCAGCACCAACACCUGCAGCACCAACACCUGCACCUCCUUUGGCCACAACUCCCCCCACCCCGACCCCUGACCCUCCUACCAGCGCCUGUGCACAGGCCGAAGCGGCUCCCCCAGGACAGGCCAGCGCUCCCCCCGCAGUGGAGGGCCCCUCAGAGCCGUCCACCCCCGCUGCCCCAGUGUCCUCCUCAGCUUCUGCCACUGCCGCGCCCGUGUCCCAGGCCCCCCCGGCAGUAUUCCAGGUGCCCCCUUCUGAAAAUCCGGGCUCCAUUUUUACUGCUCCCGCAGUAACGGACAGCAGCUCAGUUGGAGCCUCCCCGGCUAUCAACACUGCUGCCCCCGCCGCCACCACCACCACUGACGCAGUUUCCAGUAGUGCACCAAUUACUGCCGCCAGCGCAGUGUUCGGGCAACCUGCUGCCCCCCCAGCCUCCUCUGUCCCCCCAGCAUCCUCUGCCCCCCCUGCUUCCUCUGCCCCACUUGGCUCCUCUGCUGCCCCUGCUUCCUCUCCCCCACUUGACUCCUCGGCCGCCCCCGCUUCCCCUGCCCCCCCGGCCUCCUCUGCCCCAGCGUCCACAGGAUUUGGCUCAUCAGGGUUUGGAACAUCCGCUGGAACCGGUUUUGGAAAAUCUGUUUUUGGUCAGAUGAGUGGCUUCGGCCAGCCUGCCAGCAACAGUGGAACAUCUGGUGGCUUUUUGUUUGCCCAAUCCACAUUUGGGGCAAAUUCGAGUAGUGCAACAACUGGAGGGGGAGGUCUUUUUGGUUCUUCUACUGCGAGCAGCGCAAAUUCCUUCUCUUUUGGCACUAGCAGUGCCAACACAGCCAGCAGCACAGGCUCGGGGCUGUUUGGACAAAAUACUACCCCAGCGUUUGGGCAGAGCUCUGGAUUUGGACAAGCACCCGUGUUUGGAAGUAACACAACCACAUCCUCGUCUUCAGGAUUUAGCUUUGGACAGCCAUCAGGUUUUGGCUGCUCUGCUGCCACGCCUGUCUUUGGCCAACAGUCUGCCUCCGGGAGCGUGUUUGGACAGCAGCAGCAGCCGUCAAGUGGUGGGGGUCUGUUUGGUUCAAGUUCAGCCAGCACAGCAGGCCCGUCCUCUGGAGGAUUCUUCAGUGGCCUGGGAGGCAAACCAAGCGAAGAUGCAGCCAACAAGAACCCAUUUGGCGCAGCUGUUGCUACUGGAGGGUUUGGGCAGGCCUCUCAGACCGGACCCGGCAACCUCUUUGGGAAUAGUGGGGCCAAGGCCUUCAGCUUUGGUCCGUCUUCCUUUGGGGAGCAAAAAACCAGUGGGACCUUCAGCACCGGAGGCGGGAGCGUAGCCUCCCAAGGCUUUGGCUCCUUCUCUUCACCAGCAAAAACUGGUGGUUUUGGCAGUGCCCCUGUUUUUGGAAGUCCCCCUUCUUUUGGUGGUUCCCCAGCUUUUGGCACUGCCGCCUCAUUUGGUUCCAACCCUUCUUUCAGCAACCCCAUGACUUCUUCAACUAGCAAGGUGUUUGGAGAGGGAACAGCCGCUUCCAACAUGGGUGGAUUUGGGUUUGCCUCACCCUCCAGCGCCCCCUCUUUUGGGGCCCUCGCCACUCAGAGCGCUCCGUCAUUCGGGAGUCUGUCCCAGCAGGGCACUGGAUUUGGAACCCAGCCCAGCAGCUUCUCAGGCUUUGGUCAACAGCCACAAACGGGAGGGUUCUCCGGAAACACCUUUGGGUCUGCAAACCAAUCCAGUACUCAAUCAUUUGCUGGCUGGAGAAGCUAG